GGCCACAUGCCAGGUCCGGCCCUUUGAGGAAGGUGGCCCCUCCCUCUGCCAACUGCCACCCUGACUGAGGUACCAUCUUGCCCUGAGGGGAGGGGAGGCAGAAGAGCCUAGUGGGCCUGCCGCCUCAGGAUGGCACCCAGCUCCUGCUGUUCCAGCGAGGCCACCCUUCCCUUCCGCCCAGAAGCGCUACCCCAAAUUGGCUGAGGAAGCAGCUUGCCCUGAGGGGAGCGGAGGGGAAGCAGAAGAGCCUUGUACGAUGCCACCACAGGACAGCUCCCACUCUUGCGGCUGAGGUGGCCCCUCCUGCCCUCCACUGCCACCACCAACUGCCACACUCUCUUGCCCUGCGGGGAGGAGAGCGGAGGUGAAAAAGUCUGCCACCUCAGGAUGGCUGAGGAAAAGCCUUGCCCUGAAGGGAGAAGAGAGGAGGCAGAGCGGCCCAGUGAGGGGGCCCACUAUCAGCUCCUGCUCUCCCAGCUGAGGAGCCCCCCUCUAUCCCCCAAAUGCCACACCACGGUGACCUUGCUGUGAGGGGAGGACGAGAGAAGGCAGAAGAGCCUGGUGAGGGGCCAUCAUCCAGCAAGGGCUGUUCCAGCUGAAUUGGACCCCUUCCUCCCACAACUGCCAGCCCCGAGCGACGGAGGAGCCAUCUUGCCCAGCCGGAGGGGAGCUGAGAGAAGGCAGAAGAGCCUAGCAGUGCAAACGGCUCGAUAUCACGGAAGCCUAUGAAGUGUAAAGUGUUGUAGAACUGGCUGGUUUCCCAUGUCAUCUCAAUGCCGGGUGCCUCUGCGAAAGGACUGAUACACUUUGACGCUGGGGGCCUGGAGCAAACGCAAAGCCCCGGACUUCUGUGAGCAUGUGAAGAGAGCGUGAAGCCGCGGCACAAGGCAGCAGCUAUUCAGUGAGAAAAUCAGUGGAGCCGAAGGAACAAAACUAGACGAUGACUUCCAAGAGAUGGAAAGGAAAAUUGAUGUCACCAACAAGGCUGUGGUGGAACUCCUAUCAAAAGCCACGGAGUAUCUGCAGCCGAAUCCAGCAUACAGAGCCAAGCUGGGAAUGCUGAACACUGUGUCCAAGAUCCGGGGACAAGUUAAAGCCACAGGAUAUCCACAGACAGAAGGGCUGCUCGGAGACUGUAUGCUGCGGUAUGGGAGAGAACUGGGAGAGGAGUCUGUGUUUGGCACUGCACUGAUUGAUGUGGGGGAGAGCAUGAAGCAAAUGGCCGAAGUAAAAGACUCCCUAGACAUCAACGUCAAGCAAAAUUUCAUUGAUCCUCUACAGUUGUUGCAAGACAAAGACUUGAAAGAGAUCGGGCACCAUCUGAAGAAACUGGAAGGUCGGCGUUUGGAUUACGAUUACAAAAAGAAGCGCCUAGGGAAGAUCCCAGAUGAAGAGGUUAAGCAAGCGGUGGAGAAGUUUGAAGAGUCCAAAGAGCUGGCAGAAAGGAGCAUGUUCAAUUUUUUAGAAAAUGAUGUAGAGCAAGUUAGUCAGCUGCUAGUCUUGGUAGAAGCCGCACUAGACUAUCAUAAACUGUCCACAGAAAUUCUAGAGGACUUACAGAGCAAGCUACAGAACAGGAUCAACGUGGUAUCGAGUCACCCUAGAUGUGAAUUCAAGCCAAAGCCAGUGAUAAGAUCAGUUCUGGAAAUCAGCAACGGGCAGCAGCACAAUGGAAUAUCACUCAGUUCAUCAAUGAAAUUAUCAGGGUCCUCUUUGCACAUGGACCACCCUUGCUGCCAAGCUUUGUUUGACUUUGAGCCAGAAAAUGAAGGUGAACUUGGCUUUAAGGAAGGGGACAUCAUCACGUUAACCAAUCAGAUUGAUGAGAACUGGUAUGAGGGCAUGUUGAAUGGCGAAUCAGGUUUCUUCCCCAUCAAUUACGUUGAAGUCUUGGUGCCCUUGCCUUAGGGAGUCCCCUGCGUCAUGUGCUUCACGCUGCAGCUGCGAUUUUGUGACUGAAACGGAGUCUUCACCCCAGGUGGCUUUUCAUUUCUGCCGCAUUCUGUGGAAGCCUCACCUUUUUGACCGACUUACUGACUUUUUUUGUAUGUGUCUCUUUAAUAAAAAGUAUUUAUUUUGUAUUCAUGUAGUUUGUAUACCAAAAAGGGUUGUCUGUUUUGUAAAAUGAAAAUACAAAAAAGAAAAGAUAAACAGCCUAGCCUACUUCUUUGUUCUGUGCCUUGAAGAUCUCUGUGUGAGGUGUUUACGGAUAGCUCAACUGUUGUGCCAGAAAAGUGCAUGUAUUUGCUCUUCUAAUACCAGAACGGUCCCAACCCAACCUUCUCUCUACUGUGGCUGCAGUGAAUUGCUCUUGGGCACUGUGCUUGAAGCUACUGUGAGUAAAGCUAAUUGUAACCAGAUGUCAUCAACCCACCUUUGUUACGUCUAACUUAACUGUGACAAGCUAAUACCUGUUGUGCACUGUACUCCGACAAUGAGCAGAAGUGGUCACCUCCUAAGAUGUUGCUGUGCAGAGUACAAUGUCAAGAGUCCCAAAACCUAUAUGCCACUGACCAAUUGUAAUAAACAUUGUUGUGGGAAA